AUGAGAGAUGCUCCUGUUUCAAGAGACGAAAGAAUUGCCAAACCGAAGUGCAAAGGGGACACUAAAAGUUCGGCCAUGUUGUUCUUCCCGUCCAGCUUCCUGCUAUGGGCGUGUCUCUUCCUGCCUUUCACCACCGCCUCCAACUACGGCGGUGGUGAUGGUUGGGACUACCGGCCCAUCAAGGUCAUCAUUAAAGAGCACCCCAAGCUCAUCACUGUGCCACACUACGUACCCUGGCCCAAGGCGGUGCCGGUGCCGAAGCACGUGCCAGUCCUCAAACCCCUGCCCAUCGCCAAGCCAGUGCCCGUGCCCAAGAUCGUGCCCAUCGUCAAACACGUGCAUAAGAUCGUGCAUGUGCCCAAGGUGAUCCACGUGCACAAGUCCGUGCCCGUACCCAAGCCAUACCCAAUCCCGAAGGUGAUCAAGGUGCCCAAGCCGUACGUCGUCCACAUACCGAAGCACGUGCCCGUCCCGAAACCCUAUCACGUGCCUAUUCACAUCAAGAUCCCUAAGCCCUACCUGGUGCCCGUACAUAAGUCCGUGCCCAUCCCAGUGCCAAAACACGUGCCAGUGAAGGUCGAGGUCAUCAGGGUCAAGCCCCUGGUCAUCAAGAAGCCAGUGCCCGUCCUGUGA